GCCGCGCGGCGGGCGGGGCCCCGAGGCAGCGGGAGCGGCGGGCGCUCGUCGCGCACCUGAGAGCUGCUGCCGGGGCCUGGGAGCCGCGCUCGUCGCCAUGCACCGCUUCAAGGUGUCCAAGUUCCGGCACACGGAGGUCCGGCCGCCCCGCCGCGAGGCCUGGAUCAACGGUAUUCGCACAGGGACCAGCCCCUCGUGUGGGAACCACAUCAAAGCGAGCAGCAGCUUGAUUGCAUUCAACUCCGACCGUCCAGGCGUGCUGGGCAUCGUGCCUCUGGACAGCCCGGGAGAGGAGAAGAGACAUGUGACCCACCUGGGCUGCCAUUCGGACCUGGUCACGGACUUGGACUUCUCGCCCUUCGAUGACUUCCUCCUGGCCACUGGCUCAGCCGACAGGACGGUGAAGCUGUGGCGACUGCCAGCGCCCGGCCAGGCCCUGCCUGUGGGGCCUGGGGUGGUGCUGGGCCCCCAGGAGCUCCAGGUGGAAGUGCUGAAGUUCCACCCCGCCGUGGACGGUGUCCUGGUGAGCGCGGCGGGCACAGCCGUGACCAUCUGGGACGUGGCCAGGCAGCAGCCCUUCACAGAGCUGGUGGCACAUGGGGACCUGGUGCAGAGCGUGGCCUGGAGCCAAGAUGGAGCCCUCGUGGGCACGGCGUGCAAGGACAAGCAGCUGCGGGUCUUUGACCCCAGAACGAAGCCCAAGGCCUCCCAGAGCACACAGGCCCACGAGAAUGGCAGGGACGGCCGGCUGGCGUGGACGGGCGCCCAGGAGCACCUGGUGUCCACUGGAUUCAACCAGAUGCGGGAGCGUGAGGUGAAGCUCUGGGACAUCCGGCUCUUCUCCAGGGCCCUGGCCUCCCUCACCCUCGACGUCUCGCCCGGGUCUCUGAUGCCCCUGCUGGACCCAGACUCCGGGCUCCUGGUCCUGGCGGGAAAGGGUGAGAGUCAGCUGUCCUGCUACGAGGUGGCCACGCAGCAGCCGGCGCUGAGCCCGGUGAACCAGUGCGUCCUGGAGAACGUGCUGCGGGGUGCUGCCCUGGUGCCCCGGCGGGCGCUGGCUGUCACCAGCUGUGAGGUGCUCCGUGUCCUGCAGCUGAGCGACACGGCCAUCUUGCCCAUCAGCUACCACGUGCCCCGCAAGGCUGUGGAGUUCCACGAGGACCUGUUCCCCGACACUGCGAGCUGCGUACCCGCCUGUGACUCCCAAGCCUGGUGGGCAGGGAGCUGUCAGCAGGUGCAGCGGGUCAGCCUCAACCCAGCCCGCCGACCCCACACCAGCUUCACCUCCCGACUGGUGCCCCCCGCGGAGCCCUCCGCUGACCCAGCCCAGCCUGCAGGGACACCUGUGGGUGACACAGACCCAAGCGAGGGCUUCUCCUCCCCCACCAGCUCGCUGACUUCGCCCUCCACACCCUCCAGCCUGGGACCCUCACUCUCCAGCACCAGUGGGGUUGGUACCAGCCCCAGCCAGAGGUCGCUGCAGAGCCUGCUGGGCCCCAGUUCCAAGUUCCGCCACACGCAGGGCACUGUGCUGCACCGAGACAACCACAUCACCAACCUAAAGGGGCUCAACCUCACCACUCCUGGCGAGAGCGAUGGCUUCUGUGCCAACCGGCUGCGGGUAGCCGUGCCCCUGCUUAGCAGUGGCGGGCAGGUGGCUGUGCUCGAGCUGCGGAAUCCUGGCCGCCUGCCUGACACGGCACUGCCCACACUGCAGAACGGGGCGGCCGUGACUGAUCUUGCCUGGGACCCCUUUGACCCUCAUCACCUGGCCGUGGCCGGAGAGGAUGCAAGGAUCCGGCUGUGGCGGGUGCCCCCAGAGGGCCUGGAGGAAGUGCUCACCACGCCCGAGGCCACACUGUCAGGCCACACGGAGAAGAUCUAUUCGCUGUGCUUCCACCCGCUGGCAGCUGACGUGCUGGCCUCCUCUUCCUACGACCUCACCGUGCGCAUCUGGGACCUCCAGGCUACAGCCGAGCGGCUGCGGCUGCAGGGUCACCGGGACCAGAUCUUUGGCCUGGCCUGGAGCCCAGAUGGGCAGCGGCUGGCCACCAUCUGCAAGGACGGGCGUGUGCGGGUCUAUGAGCCCCGGAGUGGCCCUGAGCCCCUGCAGGAAGGCCCAGGGCCAGAGGGGGCUCGCGGAGCCCGUGUCGUCUGGGUGUGUGAUGGUCACUGUCUGCUCGUGUCCGGCUUUGACAGCCGGAGCGAGCGCCAGCUGCUCCUGUAUGCAGCCGAGGCCCUGGCGGCUGGCCCCUUGGCUGUGCUGGGCCUCGAUGUGGCCCCCUCGACCCUGCUGCCCAUCUAUGACCCCGACACUGGCGUGGUGUUGCUCACGGGCAAGGGUGACACCCGUGUGUUCCUGUACGAGCUGCUCCCUGAGGCCCCUUUCUUCCUGGAGUGCAACAGCUUCACAUCGCCUGACCCCCACAAGGGCUUCAUUCUCCUGCCCAAGACGGAGUGUGACGUGCGGGAAGUGGAGUUUGCCCGAUGCCUCCGGCUCCGCCAGACCUCUCUGGAGCCUGUCGCUUUCCGGCUGCCCCGAGUCAGGAAAGAGUUCUUCCAGGAUGACGUGUUCCCAGACACGGCCGUGAGCUGGGAGCCGGUGCUCAGCGCCAAGGCCUGGUUGGGUGGUGCCAAUGGGCAGCCCCGCCUCCUCAGCCUGCAGCCCCCCGGCAUGAUCCCAGUGAGCCAGGCCCCUCGUGAGGCCCCCACUCGGCGGGCCCCGUCCUUAGCGCUCUUUCUGGAAGAGAAGUCAGACCAGCAAAAGAAGGAAGAGCUGCUGAACGCCAUGGUGGCGAAGCUGGGCAACCGGGAGGACCCACUCCCUCAGGACUCCUUUGAAGGCGUGGACGAGGAUGAGUGGGACUAGCCAGCCCACCCAUCACCUCUGGCCUCGCCUGCCGCAUUCCCCUCCAGAACUGCCCUGCGCCCUCUGCACAUCUCAAGCCUCAACCUCCAACUAGAAGCUGCCUCUCAGGGGCCCUGGCCUGCCUCACCUCAAGGAGCCUGGCAACCUUUGGGCCUUGGGCGCUUCCUUGGUGGUCUCUCGGCCCUGCUGGCAACCCCCAGGCACUGUCCGUACCUCUGGGGCCAGCCCGUCCUCUGUGCCAACUGCUAGCAUGUGGAGCCAGGGGCAUGGGGUGGGGUCAGGAAGCAUGUCCCUGGGCUGGCCCUGGGCCCGUUGCCCCUGCCCUUUCCACAGGCCUGGGUGGCUUCGCCCAGCACCUUCAGUUACUGCCUGCCGGUCCUUCUUGCCUGCUGCCCCAGCUCCAUCAAGGGCCUCGGGGGCCGGCCCCCACCAGGCCCUUUGGAGCACCACCAGCCUCAGGGGCCUGGGAUGGGCUGGUCCUGCUACCCAGGCCGGAAUCCAGGAGAAGGAGGCAUCACAGGGCAGAUGGCCCACCGCGUCGGGGAGCCCCACAGAGACAGCCUGCACGUGCCCUGUUGUUUUCAGCAAUUAAACUUUCUCAGUGGCCACCUCU